CUAGCUCUAUGGCCCUUCUAGGCUUCCUGUCCCUUCUUCCUCCCUAGCUCUAUGGCUCCUGUGUUCUGAUUGGGCGGCCUGGCCGGAAGCAGGUCAGCCUUGCAAGAGAGCUGGAGCUUCUUUUGCAAGAGGAUUCCUCGCUGGCGGGACUAUGGCCACUGCUACAGACCAGUUGGUGGGAUAUGGCUUGGUAGCCUUCAGCCUGGUCCUUUUUGCCUACUACACCAUUUGGGUGAUCCUGCUGCCCUUCAUCGAGAGUGACCACCUGAUCCACAAGUAUUUCUUGCCUCGGGAGUAUUCAGUGAUCAUCCCUGUCGUUGCUGGGUUACUCUUGCUCCUCUUUGUCGGAACUUUCAUAGCCUUCAUCACGUGGAAGAAUCGGAGGUCUGCGAAGAAAUCUGCCUGAAGGUGACUCGAUGGAGAAGAACCCGGGAAGAACUCGGCAGGCAGAUGAUAGCAAGAGCAUCCCUGGGACAAUUCCACCCGCAGAAACCAACAGCUGCCGGAAAAGGACAGUGGAACCUGAAUGUUGUCUGGACCUGAAGCCAUCCUGACCCCAAGGAAAGGACUUCUGUUGUCCUCAGUCAACCCCAGUGUGGACUUAAUUCCCAGCAUACAGACCAAAGCAGCUUCUUCACGGACCAAAACUGAUGCUCUCUUGAGACUCCCCAUGUAGAUCUAGCUGAUUCUGCAUUUCCAGCUCUUGUGGUUUUAUGUCCCAGAUCCUGCCUAGGAUCAAAGUCUGUUUCCCACGAUCCUUUUCACAUGACUCUAUAUUAAGAGACUAUUAAGAGAAUAUAUUAACACCCUCUAAAUUUCUUCUGUCUUUCUCUUUUUUGCUUGAGCCUAUUAUUCCUUCGGUUUCCCCCAACUGGUGCAAAUUACAGUCAGACAAUCAGUCAUCUAGAGCAGUGUUCCCCAUAGCAGGGAUUCCCAGGGGGUGUUGAUGACAACUCCCAUAGUGCCCAAUUAAAGGCCAUUGCCGCUAGGGAUGCUGGGAGUUGUAGUCAACAUCUGGGAAUCCCUGUUACAGGGAACACUGGCAUUGGAUAUGGGGAGUGGCCAAGACUGGCAUGUUUAAGUUCCUCUGUGAAUGUGGUUAAUCAGAAGCACUUGCGGGGUGGGGGUCAGUCAAUGCCCCUCCCCACACACGCAGAUCAUCUUUGGUGGAUUGAACACAAUCCACAAUCUUUUGUGGACUGAACAAAUCCCCGAGGAUUGAAGCGAAAAGUGGUGUCAGUCUUUGGGGAAUUUCUUACUGAUUCGUCUUCCUGGCUUCUCAUUCUGUUGUCUGUUUGUUUCUGACCUGGGCCCCUGUAACUUGGCGCUGGGAUUUAAUGGCAGGCAGGAAUGAGUGGGUGUUGAUGUCGAGUUCCACGCCCCAAGCAACAUCGCCUGCUCCUUCCUGAACCUCAGGCCUCUCUUAUGGGGAGCACAUGUGAUGAUCCAAUCUGUCCACCUCCCCUCGGUGUUUUGAUCUCCAGCCUCUUGGUGUAGAAGAAGGGAAAACAGGAGACCAGAACUGGAGAUAAGCAAAAGGAGGGGGGGGGGAGAGAAUAGGUGCUAGGAAAAUAGAUUUACAGUGAUACUUCCAACGUUCAUUGGGUGAGAAAUCUUGUCUUGAAACCAGUAUGUCAGUUAUUCGAUCUGAUUAUGUACAAGGAUUGCAACGGACUGUGCUAUUCAUUCUCAACUGCUCCCAAUAAAACAUAUGAUGCAACUUUAAA